UUUUGCAGUGAGCAGAAUAAAGGCGUGUCUCUGAGUCAUGCAUAUAAUAGCGCGACGAGCCGCGAUAGGCUUCGGCUCUCCGCUUCUCCUCAGCUCAGUGCGCACCAGCAAACCCACCGGCUGCCGCGGGCUCCUGACCAUGGCCGAGCGCUGCCCACACUCAGAGGUGUUCAACAAGCCCAAGAUUGAGCUGCAUGUUCAUCUUGAUGGAGCCAUCAGAGUGCAGACCAUUCUAGAUGUUGCCAAGAGACGAGGCAUCUCUCUUCCUGCAACCACAGCUGAGGAGCUGAAGGAGAAGAUCAUCAUUCACGAGCCUGCCACUCUCACAAAGUUUUUGGAAAAAUUCGAGGAGUACAUGCACGUGAUUGCUGGCGACAAAGACGCCAUAAAGAGGAUCGCUUACGAGUUUGUUGAGGACAAAGCCAAGGAGGGAGUCAUUUACGUUGAGGUCAGGUACAGCCCACAUUUCCUCGCCGACUGUGAUGUUGGCAAACCCAUUCCUUGGAACCAGACAGAAGGAGACUUGAGCCCUGAUGAGGUGGUGCGUCUGGUUAACGAGGGCCUCAGAGAGGGGGAGAGGGCCUUCAAUAUCAAAGCCAGGUCCAUUCUAUGCUGCAUGCGCCACAUGCCAAGCUGGUCCAUUGAAGUGGUGGAGCUGUGUAAGAAGUAUCGGAAUGAUGGCGUGGUGGCCAUCGACCUGGCAGGUGAUGAGUCGAUGAACCUCGAAGCAAACCCAGAACACAGGACGGCCUACGAGGAGGCCGUUCGAUGUGGGAUUCACCGCACGGUUCACGCAGGAGAGGUGGGCCCGGCGUCGGUGGUGAAGGAGGCUGUUGAAGUGUUGAAGGCCGAACGAGUCGGACACGGCUACAACACGCUUCAGGACCCAGCCCUGUACAGAAAACUGCUAGAGCAAAACAUGCACUUUGAGAUGUGUCCUGUUUCCAGUAAGCUGACAGGUGCCUGCGACUCAGACUUUACCCAACACCCCAUCAUAACGUUUAGAAAGGACAAGGCCAACUACUCCCUGAACACAGACGACCCUCUGAUCUUCAACUCCAACCUGCUACUUGACUACAGCGUUGUGCACCAGCACAUGGGAUUCACGGAGGAGGAAUUCAAACGGCUGAGCAUCAACUCUGCAAAGUCAAGCUUCCUCCCAGAGGAGGAGAAAGAGGAGCUUCUCUGCAAACUGUACGAAGCGUACGGGAUGAUACGGAGCACCGCCCUCUAAAACACCAUCUGACCUCUUAACCAGCUCCCAACAACACAAAGAAAUGUGGAUUCACUGCUGUGAACCGACACGAAGCCUGGAGAACAUCAGACAAGCAGGUUACUACUUCCCUUCCCCUCGUCAUCCGGUUUCAUCUCAAGAAGUUCUUACAUAUCUCCACAGUUUUUAUCCACAUGAGGCUACAUUCCUCUGGAAGGUGCAGAAACAUCCGAGGGUUGUCGUUUCAUCAUCUCAUCUUGAGUUUACAUGUUUUUGUUAUGAAGACGAGCUUUAAAAUGCAGAGUUAUUCGCUAUUCACAAACAUGUGCAGCCUAUAGACGCCGGCUUGUUUCCUGUUGUUUACAUCCCAUAGAGGUAAAUUGCAGCGCUAAAAGAUGAUGGGAAAACGAAUUGAUUUAAGAGCAGAAUAUGAGAAAACACAUGCGCACAAGCAGUCGAUGUGCUUUUUGUUCUCCACAUGAAACGAACCCGGGACCAGAUGCAUGAAACAUUCAUGAAAAUAUAGAUGAAUACAGUUUUCUAACUAUUAGUCAGUGGGAGACGUAAUGCAGACACAUUAACUUUAUUCCCACUUCCAUCUUUAAUUCUGUGAGGAUGCGAAUCACUAACAUGAAUAAUGUUGUUGCACUAAUGAAUAAAAACAACUGGUGCCAAACUGGAAGAAAGUAAAGCAAAUUAUUCUUCAGGGGGAAAAAUAAAAAAUGGUUCGAUUAAUAACAAUCUACGUCUCCUGCUUUUUCUGCAUCAGAUGAAUAAACGGUUUAUUGAAUCUGUCAUCCAGUUUUACUAGGAGACUAUUAGGAAUUAUGAAAAACUAACAGCAGCACCAGAGGACAAAACAGCAAAUUUCAGAUAUUUAUUCUUCCUUUUAAGACGCUUUAGCAGAAUGCUGGAAGACUAGUCUGAGUGAAACACAUGAGACUUAAAAUCUAAAUAUGUGCCUAAAACUAAUAAGAAUAAUAUAAUUUUCAUUUUAUGGUUGUUAAUCUUUUUCUUUUAAGAUUUUUUUUUAAUCCAGUUUCAUCAGGUUUUUAGUUAUUUUUUGUUUUUUUUUAUUUUGUUCAGUUUCUCAUUCACAAAAGAAAAGAUGCUCGUUUCUUUUUCCCACCCAUGUUUCUGCAUCUGGCCCCUGGAGAAACAGCAGGUGAAAGAGCUCCAUACCAAAAGUGCAGUCUUAUAUGUGUCCACUAGGUGGCAUCGCGAUGUCACCAAGCGGAAAAAACACAGCAUCUCUGUGUUUUUUUAAAACUUUUCUUUUGAUGUAAAUAUUUAAAAUAUUUUCAUUUAACUAGAACAGAAAAGCACUUAUUUGUCAGCACUCAUUUGUAGCUCUUAUAUAAAAAAAAUCUGCUAUUACAAUAAAAGCCAUUUAAAAGACA